AUGGCACAGAAUUCUACUUCUCCCCCCGUGACUCCUCCCCGUGAGACCAAAGCCAGCAAUAAAGCGUCUGGCAUCCCAAAAAUUUCCGAGGACGAGGAGUUCGAGGUGACGUCACCGAUGGACAUGACUUUCCGACAGACCAAUUCGGGCGCUAUGCCACCGGGCAGCGCCUUGUUUGGAGGCAGUGGAUUCGCCGAGGGAGCAUCACGAGCAUCACAAGACGGAAGAUUGUUUAGUCGGAGUCCCUUCCAAGGGCCUUCUGGGGGGGAGGACGACGAGGAAGGAGAGAUGGCCCCUCUCCCGGAGCUAUCCGCACAGCAAGGCUUCCCCAGCAAUUAUGCGCUAGGCCGUCGAACCUCCGUCUCAGCGGAAUCGUUAAAUCCUUCCGAGGCCGGGUCAGAGGGCUGGUCGCCCCCUCACCACCCCAAGACCGACGAGCAGGUCUCCCGGCUCAAGAGCGCAGUCAGCAGCAAUUUCCUCUUCUCCCAUCUCGAUGACGAUCAAUUCUUGACCGUGCUCAACGCUCUUGUUGAGAAGCCCAUCCCGGCGAAGGAUAUCAAGGUCAUCUCCCAAGGUGAUGCGGGUGAUUACUUCUAUAUCGUGGAGAAAGGGAACUUCGAUAUCUAUAUCCACCCCUCUGGUGCGGUGCAGCCUGGUCCCGAUGGAUUGGGCAACAAGGUUGCCUCCACUGGACCUGGAGGCUCCUUCGGUGAGCUCGCUCUGAUGUAUAAUGCCCCGCGUGCCGCGACAGUCAUCUCCACCGAGGCUAAAAGCACUCUGUGGGCCCUCGACCGCAUCACCUUCCGACGCAUCCUGAUGGACUCGGCAUUCCAGCGCCGUCGCAUGUACGAGGCUUUCCUGGAGGAAGUCCCGCUCCUGUCUUCUUUGAAACCGUAUGAGCGCUCGAAGAUCGCCGAUGCCCUGGACACCAUCAAGUACCCGGCCAAUUCCACCAUCAUCCACGAAGGCGACCCUGGAGACGCUUUCUAUCUGUUGGAAUCGGGCGAAGCUGAAGCCACCAAAAAUGGUGUCUCGGGGGCUGUCAAGAACUACCACCGCGGUGACUACUUUGGCGAGCUUGCUCUGUUGGACGACAAGCCGCGCCAGGCUAGUAUCACCACCAAGACCGAGGUGAAGGUCGCGCGGUUGGGCCGUGACGGAUUCAAGCGGCUUCUCGGACCGGUGGAGGGCAUGAUGAGACGGGCCGAGUAUGAACUGGAUGCGCAGAGAUCCCCUGUCUCCAAACCGGUGUGA